AUGUUUGUAGGCGUUGCUGGUUUGUAUUCUGGCAUACUGUUAGCGAAAGCUGGUCAUACAGUAACCAUUUAUGAAGCAAGUAAUCGAGCAGGUGGUCGCAUUUUGACCUAUCGCGAUCCAAAAAAUCCAUCGAUAUACAUGGGUGAAUUUGGAGCCAUGCGUUUUUCACUCGAUGUUCACUCUUAUUUGAAUACUUUGAUUCGACAUCGAUACAACUUAAAGACUGCAGAAUUUGCUCAAAGCAAUGCUAAUGCUUAUACAUACAUCAAUGGGAUUUUUACUACAAUGCGAGAAGCUCGUGAAAACCCAGACAUAUUCGGAUUCAACACACAUCAAAGCGAACGAGGAAAGACUCCUGAACAAUUAUGGCUGAAUGCUCUUCAACCUAUUUUGCAAACACUGGAACAAGGAGGAUGGUUAGCGGUUAAAAAGCAAUGGGAUUCAUAUUCGAUUGCAUCCUAUUUGAAAAGUGUCAAUAUGUCACGUGCUGCCAUCGACUAUAUUAGCAUUUUUAAAAAUUAUGAAAACUUCAUUUAUGUAUCUAUUUUGGAAGCCGUUCGUUCGACACUUGUGUCCGGUUCUGGAUCGAAAUCGUAUGUUAUUGAAGGUGGUAAUGAUUUAUUGACACAAGCAAUGAUUGAUGAGUGUCGAGCAAUAGAGUUCAAUCGAUGUUCGAUUAUGUAUUCGACACCCAUCACUGAAAUACAAUUAUAUGGUUCGAAUCAAGUACGAUGGAUGACCAAAAAUGGCACAAGUAACAUUUUCGAUACAGUAAUUGUAGCAACAACUGCAACUGCUGCUGAAUUAAUCAAAUUCGAAAAACGAAUAAAUUUUGUCGACAAAUAUCGAGCAUUGCGGCAAGUCCAUUACAGUUGUUCAACAAAAAUUCUUCUUUUCUUCAAUAUAUCCUGGUGGUACACACAAGAGAAGCUUAGUGGAGGUCAAUCAGUUACUGAUUUAAAUAUUCGUAGAGUUUUUUAUCUACGUAAUAAUCACAGUAAUGGUGGAACAAUUCUUGCAUCAUACACUGCUGGGCUAAAUUCUCUUCAAUGGCAAUCUUUAUCUGAAUCAGAUGCUAUCGAAUUAACUUUGCAACAAUUGAUUCAACUUCAUAAAUCAUCAUCGAACAUACGCGACUAUUUUCAAGGUGGUAAAGUUCAACAUUGGUGCGGAGAUCCAUAUGCACAUGGAGCUUUUGCAAGAUUCAUUCCAUUUCAAGAAACAGAUCUUCUUGAUCAAUUGCAAGCAUCCGUAUCGAAUAUUCAUUUUAUUGGUGAGCAUACUACAUCUAUUCGUGGCUCAGUUGAAGGUGCUAUUGUCUCAGCACUACGUGAAGCCUUGUUUAUUACAGCACAACGAAUGACAAUAUUUGAUGUGAUUAUCGUUGGUGGAGAUCCAGUCGGAUUGGCAACAGCUGUGUUUUUAUCAAUGAAAAAACCUAAUCUUCGUAUUGCCAUUGUUGAUAAAGGAGUUAUUAUGAACUCGUAUAAUGCAUUCGAUCGACAAAUAUUUCGACAAAUGUUCAACGAAGAAUAUCUCACUGAAUUAGCCAAUAUGUCAUUUUCUCUUUGGCGUCAAUUGGAACGAUUGGCUAAUCUUUCAUUUGGAUCGAUUCUCAAUACGAACGAUGGAUUUCUGUUAUUCGGCAAUUUAAAUACAAAUCAAUCAACAGUCGCAGAUAAUUUGUUAUCCAUCAAACGAACAUAUGAAAAUCUUCAAAUACAAGGCGAAUAUUUGAACAAUACACAAUUAAAAAUGCGCUAUCCAAUGUUUACAUUUUCUCAUCAAUAUGUAGGUAUCUUCGACAAUCAAUCGGGUUACAUCAAUGUAACGAUGCUUAUGAUUGCUCUACUUCGUAUUAUCGAUCAAAAUCCAAAUAUUAUCAUUCGAGAACAAGAAGAAUUCUUAUCAUUAAAAUUAUUCAAUAAUUGCACACAGCUAAUAACUGAUCGCGGUAUUUUGCAUGCUUCUCGAAAAGUUCUCUUUAUUCCUGGUUCAUCUGUUGAAAAUGUCUCACAUUUGCUAAAUAUUGAUCUCAAUAUAACAUUAUGGAAAGUUCCAAUUUACUAUUUUCGUCAUUCUUCAUCUUUUACUCAAUUACCGAAUUGGCUUGCAUUGGACGAGCAUAAUUCUCAAGUACUCCUUUCAGGCUUUUCUAUCGAUUUAGCAUCUAAUUACCUUGUUAUCAAACCCAGUUUUAUUCAAAAUAGGUCGAACUCGUUGAUAUAUUCAUCUCAACAGACAACUACAAUCGAUCCAUUCCUUACAAAACAAGUUGUGGACUGGGUCUCACAUCAUCUAGGAACAUGGGUCAAUGUAUCCGAUUAUUCUUUGCAUAAUCAAACCUAUUUCGAGACACUUCCACUGGGUAAUAGAUUUUUACUUGAUUUUGUUCCACGAACAGACAAUCGAGUUUUGAUACAUGCUGCUGGAUUAGAAAUGAACUUUGCACCUGUUUGGGCUGAUAUGUUAUCUGAAAUGAUCCUCACGGUUGAAUCGACUCGUCGAAGAAAAUAUAUUGAAUAA